GGAACCGCUCGGCUUAUUUUCGUCUCCGCUUCCAUCGGAGCGGAGUCAGAUGAGAGCCAGAACCAUUAUAAUUAUAUCUGCAGAGGGUCAGGGAGCCGGACCGGACCUAGACCGGACCUGGACCGGGACAGCGAACCGGAGCUCGGGAGGUUCAGCGGAGGCUCCGCCGACACGCAGCCGGGCUGGAGGACGCCCCUGGCGGCCACAACUACCGCCGUGAGCCGCUGACCAGGGCAGGUCCGUCAGAAACAUGUACCAGGUCCAGCUGGUCAGUGAGCAGCAGGAGAGUCGCCCCCUCCUGAGCCCCUCCAUCGAUGACUUCCUGCCAGAAAACCGGAAUGACGCCACCUCCGUCCGAGCCCCUACCUCCAACACAGCAGUUCUGUCCACAGCUCUGGACCUGGUGGACCUCAGCGACUCAGGUGACAGCAGUGGUAGAAGCAACAAAAACCACUGGAGGAGUCCUCUGAGGAGGAAAGCCAGCUCCGAGAGUGCCAGAUGCCAAACCAGAACCCAGGAGACAGAACUGAUCCAGGUGGAAGUGGAACAACUGCCCACCAGUCCCAGAACACCAGAGAGGAUCUCUCUGGACUCAGUCGGACCAUCGUCUCCGCUGGACAAAUGGCACAACUGUAACCUAGACGUGGAGGAUGGAGGACGCAGGAGGAGAUACAAGAAGAGAUGCUCCUCCCACCACUCCUCCAGCGAGCUGCUGUGGUCUGCAGAGUUUAAAACUGAUCCACUGACAAAGACCCAACUGGACAUCCAAAGUUUCGAUGACCUCGACUUCACAGCUUCAGUACAGGAUGGUGGCGAGUGCAGGCAGCGCAGACGGACUCGCUCUUUGCUUAUCAGCAACGAAUCUCUGGAGGACGAGUUCGUGCGGGCGAAGGCUGCAGUCGAGUCAGACACUGAGUUCUGGGAUAAGAUGCAGGCGGAGUGGGAGGAGCUUGCCCGGAGGAACUGGCUGGAGGAGUCUGAGGGUCAGCUUCCAACCCCGUCCACCAUCUUACCUGUGGAGAAGGGUUACUCCUUCAACACCAACAACCCUUACAGAGACUGUCCCAACGUCUUCAUGGAGGGUCAGGAGAAAGCUCGAAAUGGAGACCUCAACACUGCCUUGCUGCUGCUAGAAGCUGCCAUCCUGCAGGACCCGCAGGACGCCGAGGCGUGGCAGCUGCUGGGGAUGACUCAGGCGGAGAACGAGAACGAACACGGUGCCAUUGUGUCUCUGGAGAGGUGUCUGGAGCUCCGCCCCAAUAACCUGCUGGCCCUCAUGGCGCUCGCUGUUAGCUUCACCAACAUCAGUAUGCAGCAGGAGGCUUGCGAUGCGCUGCGCCGCUGGAUUGGCCACAACCCCCAUUACCGACACCUGGUCCAGAAGAGAAGGAGCCCACUGCGGGGUUCCCCAGCUACACCACGAAGGGGCCCUUGCUCCCCCACCAGAGGCCGAUGUGAACUUGAGGAAGUGCUCCUCCUCUUCCAAGAGGCGUCUCUGCUGAAUCUGGACCAUGUGGACCCAGACCUACAGACCGGACUAGGAGUCCUCUUCAACCUGAGCUCUGACUUCCAAAAGGCAGUGGAGUGUUUCAGUGCAGCACUGUCCGUCAGACCGCAGGACUACCUGCUUUGGAACCGGCUGGGAGCGACACUGGCUAAUGGGAACCGUAGUGAGGAGGCGGUGGAGGCGUACACCCGAGCCCUGGAGCUGCAGCCCGGAUUCAUCCGCUCCAGAUACAACCUAGGAAUCAGCUACAUCAACCUGGGAGCUCACAGGGAGGCGGUCAGUAACUUCCUCACAGCGCUGAACCAGCAGAGUCGGAGUCACCGCUGCAGCCACCACGAAAUGUCUGCCAACAUCUGGACCGCCCUGAGAAUCGCCAUCUCCAUGAUGGACCGGCCCGAGCUGUUCCAGGCUGCCAGCAUAGGUGACCUGGACCUGCUGACGAGGGCCUUCAAGGUGGGCCACGUGUGACGGCAACAUCACAGACGAGAGGGAAACCAAAGAGAGAAGAAAGGCAACACUUUAUUUACGAGACCACAGCACAACGCUUUACGUCCAUCCCCUCGACUGCUGCUGCUUCACAACCUGAACUGUCCCGGAACUAAAGCAACCAAACUGUCUGUCCCCUCCCAGCAGUGAUGACACUGAUACUGGAGGACACAUGACUCAGCAAAACCUGUUACACCGUUCACACCAGUGCGUUUACAUGCAGGAGUUCAAUCUGGUUGCAGAUCGGGUUAGACAUCGUUCAGACUUUUAAACUGCAUGUAAACACCUCAACCUGAUCUAGUUGGGACCUAUGUGGGACUGACUAACCGGAUUCAUUAACCAGGUUGGAGCACCUAGAUAACCCAGCCGCAAUCAGGUUGUUAACGCCAUGUAUACGGGGACAUAGAUAUUGCAGUCUGCGCAUGCUCGAGAAUUUCCCCCGGGUGGGGUUUUCCCCCGGGGGAGGAGAUUCACCCGGAAGUGAAAGGUGACGGCGCGUGCUCAGUAGUAGCACCCUGGGGUGUCGUCUGAAUGCUUCAGGGGUGUCGUCAAAAAAUUACCUAUUCUGACAUUUCAGAAUAGGUAAUUUGUAAUUUGUAAUUUGUAUUUUCGCGACCAUACGGGCGCCGUGUGGAAAGGCACACCCUCAGUUUUGUGUCAUUUCUGUAUUUAAAACACACACACGGCGCACCGACCGUAAAGGAGCCGUCUACACACACGACACACACGCGCGCCGCAGAACACACACACAAACACACAAGCGUGGGUAUUUAAAAAUAGAGCGGGAGCAAAACUUUGUUUGAUUGUAGGCUACUUUAUUUCAGUUUUUACAUUAAUCAAACCCAUCAAAGUCCUCGUCCUCUGUUUCUGCAUUAAAGAGCUCCGCUAAAUCAGCUGUGCCAGUCCGAAAUUCCUCGCUGUCAGAGUCACUUACCGUGCCGUGCGGCGCCUCGGAAAUGCACGCUUUUGCAAAAGCUCGCAAAAUAAUCCCAGCAGACACAUUAGCCCACGCAUCAACAAUCCAUCUGCAAACUGUGGCAUAACUUGCCCGGCGCUGCCUUCCACUCCUGGUGAAACUGUUCCCCCUCAGUCAUCCGUCGCUCACAUGCCGCUCGCAGCCUUAAGGCUGAUUUAUUGUUCCGUGUUAACCAACGCAGAGAUUACGCCGUAGGUUACGCGGCGACGCACGCUUACGGUGCGCUUCGCCGCGUACGUUACGGCGUAGGCUCUGCGUCGAUUUAACGCGGAGCCAUAAAUCAGGCUUCACUUUGAACGGCCGGUGUGAAAAGCUGGAAAAGCCGGCUGGAAAAGUCUCUUUAGGCAGUCUUUCUUUUAAAAAUCACCAUAGUUUCUGUCCAUCAGCGUGGCAACCAAGCACAACAGUGAACGAUGACUUCUACUUACAGUCAGAGCGAUGCAGUGCGGUUUUUAAUUAUAUUUUACUCUGGGGUGUCGUGAGAUUUUAUUCACUUUUGAAAGGUGUCAUGACUGAAAAAAGGUUGAGAAAGGCUGUUUUAGACAGAUUAUUAAUAGGAAAGCAGUGAGAAUGCACGUUUUCCUUUCCUUGUUGUUAAGCGGAGGUCAACCGGAAGUGGCUCUUUGUUGAAAUGGUUACCUUGGGUACAGCGCCACCUAGCGUCACGGAGUCAGCCAUGCUCUGGUUACGGUGGGUUAUUCAGUCUGAUCUCUGAACAGCAUAUAUACUCAGACAAGUGAUCCGAUCUUCUGCAUGUCAUUAUCUGAUCCGAUCUGUUACCAGAUUGAAUUGCUGCAUGUAAACGCACUGAGUAGUGGUGCAAAACUGGAUCACAACUGGAUCAGAACUGGAUCAGAACUGGUGCAGAACUGGAUCAGAACUGGAUCAGAACUGGUGCAGAACUGGAUCAGAACUGGAUCACAACUGGAUCACAACUGAAUCAGACACUGAAUCAGAACUGAAUCAGAACUGGAUCAGAACUGAAUCAGAACUGGAUCAGAACUGGAUCAGAACUGAAUCAGAACUGAAUCAGAACUGAAUCAGAACUGGAUCAGAACUGGAUCAGAACUGAAUCAGAACUGGAUCAGAACUGGAUCAGAACUGGAUCAGAACUGGAUCAGAACUGGAUCAGAACUGGAUCAGAGAUUAGAUCCGUGUCUUUUCUGGCAUUAUGUCUGGUAUUCAUGUCUGUGCUCAGAUGUUGGACGGCUCUGUCCAGCAGGACCGGCUCCAGCAGCUGUGGCAGCAGCUGGAAUAGCCACCUCCUCCAGCCCAGCCACCUUCCCAUCCAGGCGGACUGACCGGACUGUCCAGACUGACCGGAUGGACCGGACGGACCGGACUGACCGGACUGACCGGUCCCUAUACCCUUGCAGUUUCAGAAGUCCAGGAUUUUAAUUGAAGGCGUGCUUGAUUGGUCUGCAUCUUGUUUGUGGACACGAGUGUAUGGCUGAGGUACUGAGGUAAAAACAUCUUGAGCAUCAUCAGGAACUGCCAAACCAGUUUUCAUGCAAAGAUGCUGCUCACACACAUCAUUUUACAUUUUAAGACUUGAAAAUACUUACGGCCUAUGAGGGACACAUACUGAGACGAAAGUGGACACACUGGACAUGGGCCAAGUGAGGUUUGUUUGUAGUUUCAGUAAUGUAUCUCCUUAUUUAAAAAUGAGCCAGUUGGGCCCACCCAUAAACCAGCUAGAUCCCACUUAAGAGUCCAGAUAGGGCACAAGGGGACGGUACCUGGAGCUUGCAAACAGGCCCCCCAGGAACCAGGAGGCAAACCCACCUGGAGCAUUCAAGAUAUUUACAUGUAGGUCUAUUUUACACACCACCUUUGGCUAAUAUUAGGGGUGUAACGAUACACUAAUCUCACGAUACGGUACGAUACACAAUAUUGACGUCACAAUAACGAUACGAUACGAUACGAUAUUUUAGCAGUAUUUUUUUAACAACCUUGAAUGAGGAACAUAUGACUGGAAAAAAUUUUAUUUUAUUUGAAAUACACAAAAUACAAAACAAUGCUGUGCGUUUGCCCUAUUGUUACAGUUUGUAAUGCUUUAUAACUGUUUAAGUUUUAAAGAGAAGGCCAGGCCAACCAUUUUUCACAAACUGAACUAAAAGUAAAUGUCAGGUUUGCAUUAUGCAUCUUCAGUUUCAUACAAGUACAAAUAUUUAGCCACAAACUGAAUAGUUUCUCUCAUGUAUGACUUGACUUUUUUCUUUUACAGAAAUGUAACAACUAAAAUUAAAUAAAUAAAUAAAAGUAAAUAAAUAAACUAUGAAAAGUCCCAAACUCCAAAUGUAACAUGACUGUUAUUUAUUUGUUCCAGAGCUCAGAGCUUCACCUGCUCCAGCCUGAGGCCGUAAGGUGAACCCCGUUAUCGUUUCAUCCUCGACACAAUCUUUACAUCAUAAAAAAGAUUGAUUCAUGUUCACCGUAUAAGUAAAAGUUUGGAGCUCAAAACCCCGCAAGAGUCCCGUGAUCGGGACGCAAAACGGUACUAGUUUCUUUCUGAGCGGAGGAAGAUUUUGGUCCGCGGGUCGAGGCGCGGUCGUCACGUGAUCCCGCUACCAAUAGGAUGUUACUAGAAAACACAAUAGAUUAAUAUCAAUAACCCAAUAUUGUGCUACAGUUUGUCACCUCCACGACACGUAUCGUGAUGUUUUGUGUAUCGCGAAAUUUCGUGGCACGAUAUAUCGUUACACCCCUAGCUAAUAUGGAACCCACAUAUAAAAGCUGGGAUGAAUUACCUCUUUCUUAUACAAGCAGAACAGUUAACACACUGGUGAUUAAGAAAAGAUGAAUAACAUUACACAAGCCACCUUGCUUUGGUCUGUACCCAUGGGUUGAAGUGAGCCAAGCUCACCUUAGCCCAGUUCCUUAGUCAAUUCAUUCAAUCUAGCAGGCCACGGCAUACAGAUGUGAAGAUGACCUGUCGUCCUCCGCACUUUGAGCUCUCAUCAGCACUCAUCAGCAAAUCGCAGCGCAUGAUCCUCUGUUGGCCCCGCCUUCUUUUGCAGAGUCCGUCACGCCAGUGUUUUCAUUUGAAUGAGUGCACGUGUAUAGUUUCACAGUCAAGUUUGAGAAGGCUUUCAAGCCAAAGUACAGUAAGUGGAUUAAAUUGACAUUGAUGGUGACGAUGUGUAAGGGGCGUCGCCAGGUGUAAUCCCUUAUGGGUUCUGAGCCCAAAGGGGCCCCCGCGUAGCGGAGGCCUAAACUGCGUGCGCGCGCACGCACAAAAUUUUUGGGAUCUUACGGGUCGUAUCGGUUAACUUUGCAUGACUUUAAGUCGUUUAGAAACAGAUUGACAGCCACAAGCAGCUUCAAUGAUUAUAACAAAAAAGACCAUUCCAGAUCAGCAAAUGAAUGCAUAGCACAGGAUAAUAAUAACUGCAGGGUGGUGAAUAGUGCAACAGGGCAAAGCUCUGUGUAUUCUCCUAUUCAAUUUUAGACAAUAUAAGGAGUAAAAACUGAAUGAGAAACGAGAAAGCCAAAGAAAGUGUCAUGACAACAAUUAUAAUUAUUAUCCUCCUCAUUUUAUUGCCGCAUUCAGCAAAAUACCAAUGACCUCCAAGUUCCAACUCACUGCAUCAUAUAGGGCUAAACAAACAUCCAUCUCAGACUGGUAUUAUAUACAAAAUGGCAAAAUAAAUAAAUACAAUAAAUAAGAAAAAACACAUGACUGACCAACAUAGCAGCAUAUAAAUAAAAUUCACAUUAAACAUUCCCAACUCAGUCCCAAUACAAAGACAUACUCAAUAAAAUUACAAUAAAACAACUUAAGGUGCCAUUACAAUGGCUUUUUCUAUCUUUUCGUUUCUGUGCUCCUGAUUUCUUCUGUUUUGUUUUAGCCUCCGCCAGUGGCAGAGCGUGGGUUUCAGCACAGAGGGGGCGGAGCAUUCUCAAUGGGCCCUUAUGAUAAUUAUUUUACUAUUCAACAACUUAAAGAUAACGGACACCUCAUCAUACCCAGCAAACAACA